UUAGUCGUGAAUCGUGAUUAAAAUUGUGUUCCGUAAUUUUUGAUAAUAUUCUAGUAUUAAUAUGCUCUCUAAAACGUAACAAACAUAUAAAUAAUAUACUCUAUUAACACUUCAAGACGUUGCCAAAUUUAAUUUUCGACUAUGGAGUUGAUUUUAUGGAAAAACAUCCAUCCGGCCGGAAAGCAAGCAAUUUUGUGUUUUUUAGUUUGUGCUUCUACUUUCACGAUAUCUUUUUUCUCGGGGAGCAUCCUGGGCUUCUCUUCGGAGCUGUGGGCGCUCACGUACUGGGGCCCGGGGCUGUACUUCUGUUUAUUUAACUUUAUUCUCAGAUAUUGUUACAGGGGCUUCAUAUAUGAGGUGUCCGUCAGAUCAGCGUUUCUUGGCGCCGCCUUUGCCACCGGUCUCCACCUUAGCACCUUUGACUCUGGCUGGCGAGUGUUCGGCCUCUACAUCAUGGCGCUGACCUUCUUCCACUUCUCGGAGUUCAUGGCGGUGGCACUGACGAACCCUCGGACGUUAUCCGUUGACUCGUUCAUAUUGAAUCAUAGUUUGCAGUAUGGGCUGGCUGCUGUGGCUAGUUGGACAGAAUGGGCUGUGGAGUAUUACUUCUUUCCUGAAAUGAAGACAUGCUUCUUGCUGUCGUCAGUAGGUUUCCUCAUGUGCAUCAGCGGUGAGCUGCUGAGGAAGUCAGCCAUGUUCACAGCCAAGACUAACUUUAAUCACACCGUGCAGUUUGUGAAGAAACCGGACCACGAGCUAGUGACGCACGGCGUGUACGCACUGUGCCGGCAUCCGAGCUACGUUGGCUGGUUCUAUUGGUCCAUCGGCACACAGAUUACACUUCUAAACCCAAUCUGCAUGGUGCUAUACACGCUGGCCUCGUGGCUGUUCUUCCGCGAACGCGUCGAGGCCGAAGAACUGACGCUCCUGGCCUUUUUCGGCCCCCAGUACGAGAGGUAUUGUCGGGACGUUGGGACUGGACUACCUUUUAUAAAAGGGUAUGACCCUGAUGAGGAGGAGAAGGUAAAACAGAGGAGUUAUUGAGGAGAUUGAUGUGAAAUUAUAAGAGGUUGCGUAAAUACAGAGCGUGUCAAAUAGACUUUUAAAUCACAUGAAAUCUGUUUCUGUACGAAUUGCUAGGUUUACCUAGCACGAGUUUACGAGUGUUUUAACACUCGUCAUAUUCCCCUACCUAUCGUUGUCAGAUUUUUCUCAAUUUUAAAGAGGAAAACAACAAUUUAACGUUACUACUUUAGACUUUAUAAACAAUAGAAAGAUUCACUUGAUACGCGUUAUUAAAAUAUGUAGUUCAACGUUAGUCAAUUCUGUCACCAAAAAAACACGAAAGGCAAAGAACUUUUCUAAAGCUCAUUACCAUUUCUCUAUGGUCUUUAUCGGUCUGAUACUGUGACUAUUAGUUUUGUAUAUGUUAUAUUUUCAUAAACUUGCAUUUAAAAGCGUUUUGUAUAGCACAAUACUUUUGUGUUCAUAAGUAUGUUAGAGAAUGUACUCGAGUAUAUGUAUUUAUACAUUAUUUACCAUUACAUCAUGUAUAGUAUUUUGUAUGUAUUUAAAGUAGCAUAUUUCUUCACUUUUUAUGUAAUAACUCGAACAAAAUAUUAUCUACCAAAUACACAGAAUAUUAUCUAUUAAUAUCUAGUCGAAGUAUGUUUCUUGUAACUCAAUUAAUGUGUCAUGUGUGUAAGAUUUACUAGGAGUUAUUAAAGAUAUCGAGUCUGACUGUACUAUUUGUAAAUAAGAGCAUAUUCAGUAUUAACGUUAUGUCAAAGUCUAUUUAUAUUUCCAACGUUACCAUUUGUCUCGAUGAAUGUACAAAAAUAUGUUGUAUAGUAGACAGAAACGUGUAAGUAGUAAGUUAUAUAUCUUAUGUUUAAAGUGUGACCCCCCCCCCCCCCCCUAAAAUCAUCCAAAAAUCAUACUUCGAAUGACCCCGUGUCCUCCUAUGUUAUGCUACCAUCAUCCGAUAUCGAGACCCCCCCCCCUAAUUUCAAAUGACGUAAUUUAUGAAUAGCCCCACCAGAGCAUAUAUUAUUAAUAUCAUUAUGUAGAUAAUUCAUCUCAGAAAUCGUAUGGCACAUAAAACAUUAUAGUUAGGGAGGCGAGGUAGCUAAAUGGCGUAAUUCAACGGCGCCGUCGAGACCUAUCAAAAUCGAAAGAUAAAAUAAUUUGGAAAAGAAAAGCUCGUAUGGCAAAAACCAUUGUAGCGGUGGGUUUGGCGUGUACGGUUUUUCAAAAAUGUUAAAAAAAACAGUUACUUGGGCAUUCUCGAGCGCGUCAGAUAUUCAUACUACGUAUGGCCCGAGUGCCUCUGAUAACAACGGUAUACUAAUCUGCCGGUUUGCGUGGUGGGGGUAGGCAUAUAAAGUAGUCAAAAAUGCAAAAAAUAAAAAUUUACUCGAGCGCGUCAGAUUUUCGGAAGGGGUGUUAAGUAGGCCCCAAGGAAGCUUCCUUUAAAAAAACGGACGAUUUCGGCGUGACGAUAAGUUACGAUGAAUUUUUGAAAAUGCAAAAAAGAAAAGUUUUUUGAAAUACUCGAGCGCGUCAGAUUUUCAUAGGGGAGGUUUAUCUCGGUAUCCUGAAAGCAUAUUUUUUUAAUCUGACAAAAAUGUUGGUGGGUUCUCUUAAUCUGACCGAAAAAGGUUUUUUGUCACAUAAUUUAAUCAUCGUUAUUUCAUAUCAAUUUUUUUUAACACCCUCAGUUUUCGAGAUAUACUCAAAAAACCGGGAGUUUGAGUUUUUAUGAUGCUUCAAGUCAAAAAGUUUUAACUUUGGACAAAAAUGUAAAGAGACCUUUUUUGUGUAAAAUAAAAUUACCUUUUUUGUUUAUUUAAACUCUUUUUGGUGUAAAAUGUAUCGUUCGCGACUUAUAUGCCGCAACGCGUUCUUAGGAAGACGAAAUGGCUCCUCCACACUUCCGGUCAUGCGGAAACCGGCAGAUUUUGUAUUUUUUAGUAAGUUUUAGAUUAUAUUCUUCAAGAUAAAAAAUAAAAAAAUCGCGCUCGAGAAUGCCGGAUUAACGUUUUUUUUUUACAAGUUCGCGACCCUAUAACUCGGCGGCGUCAAGGACUUAUCGUCAGAUUAGUUAAAUUUAGUCUUUAAACACUAAAAUCAACCCCCAAUAUCUUAAUCUGACGCGCUCCAGUAUUUCAGACUAUCCAUUUUUUUUUACUAAUCUGAUCGUCUAUCCUAGGCGCGCGUCACUACAUAUAUGUAGAGCUAAAUACUUUACAAGGUUGUUCUAUUAGGUCUAAGGUAUCUCUCAUAUCUUAAACUGCCACCCUCGAGUAUUGCCGAAAAUUCCCCUAUUCGCCUCCCUAACCAUUAACUAUCACAGAAACAAAUAAAUAAGUAGAGGCAGAGGCUAACAGAUUAUACAAUGAUUGGCUCUUUAAAGUAAGGUAUAAAUUGGCGCAUAUUUUUGUAUUAAUUUCACAGUUCUCUAUACUCUAGUUGUUCACUACAACUAUAGUAAUUUUGACAAUUGGCCAGUUCCGAUUUUGGGCACAUUUUGUUUUGACCGUUACUUGUCACACAGUGAAGAGUUUAGUGCAGCCAUAUUGCCAAUUAUUCAAUUAAAUAAAGUUUUCUCAUUUAACUGAAUUGUAAAUAUUUCGUACUUACUAAAAUAAGCAUGUAUGUGAAUGGUUGUGAAUGUCUGAUAUGUUAAUUACAUAUUAAUUGAAAUAAGACUAAUAAAUUGACGCUUGACUGAA